GAAAAAGUGGGGAACCAUUUAUAAAGCCCUCCCCACACUCGAGUCUGACAGGAAGGACGUUUUUUCAUGUUUUUGGUUUUUUUAGAGCAAAUUAUGGAACACUCAUUCAGUUCCCUUUCUAACUCACAAAUGAACGCAGCGUUAAAAUGUCUGAAGCUGAAGUUCUUUACUCUGAUGUCAGGUUCACAAAAGAGAGAGGACGAGCUCAUGUGAACACUUCCUCUCCGACCGAAACUCCUUAUUCUGAAGUGAAGACCUUCAAGAAAGAGCCAUCCACAGAGCUUCCUGGUCCCCAGAAGUCAAACAGACGUUUUACAGUCACAUCAGAGCGAGCGGUGCUGGUUGUUCUCUGUGUUCUCCUCCUGGCUUCUGUCAUCGCUCUCGGCCUGAGCUCCUAUAAAAACAGUCAGCUGACAGAUGAGCUUGACGCUGUAAAAAGAAAUCUCACAGAAAAAGAACGUGAAGUAAAAGCCUACAAUAUUUUGCAGUCAACAGGCAGAGCAGCAGCAGAGUGUCCUAACUUGGAGAAAUGCUGGGAGCAACACAGAGGAAAGUGUUAUUAUUUCUCUAACACUGUUUUAACCUGGGAGCAGAGCAGAGAUCAAUGUAGAAGUUACAGAGGAGAUCUGGUGAAGAUUGACAGCGGAGAGGAGCAGACGUUCCUGGAGCUGAGACUGAGAGAAAAAAUGAACUUACCUGAAGACAAGUUCUGGAUCGGACUGACGGACUCAGAGACAGAGGGCAGAUGGCUGUGGGCGGAUGGAUCACCACUGGACCCGAGUUUUAUUUUUUGGAGCUCGCGUGAGCCAGACAACUGGGAAGGAGAAGAUCGUGACGGAGAGGACUGUGUGAGGAUGGGAGAGAAACUCGGAGCUCCAGACCUGAAGUGUUGGUUUGACAAAACCUGCAAAGUGCCUCACAGAUAUAUCUGUGAGAAACAACAAACACGAACAACUCAACAUAGAUUCAAAUGUGUUUCACCAACAACUUAAACAAGCUCAGCCCAGGAUGCAGAAAGUGAAGCAGUGCUGUUUUUAAAAAUAGAAAAAGAAAAAAAACUUCCUCCUAACAUUACAAUGCAGUUUCUUGAAUGUGCUGAACAAUAAAUGAAGAGAUGGUAACAGAUAACCAGCGGAGGAGGAAGUAAAAGAUCUAACAGCACACUGUAAAGAUACUCUGUCACAAGUAGAAGCCCUGACUUUAAAGCUUUACUUUAGUAAAAGUAUAAUCAUAAAAAAAUACUUUAAGGAUAAAAAGUAAAAGCACUAACUUCAUAACAAUGCCCCCUGUGACUGUUGUAUCUGAUGCAGUAAUGUAACAACAGGAUGAUAUAAAUAUUUUUUAUUAUUUUGCAUAUAACAGCACAAAAGAUUAUUUGUCGUUUAAUUUAAUUAUGGAUUGUUUGGUUUGUAAAAAAAAAAGAAGAAGAAAGAUAGCAGGUCAAAAUGUUACCAGAACCCAAAGUAACACUUUUUACGAUGUGACUUAAUAACAUAAGUCACAUUUUAAUUAUAUUAAAAUUGUUUAUUUUCUGUAAAUCUACUGAUGGUUUCAGACGUACUUAUCAACUGAAUGAAGCAUCAUAUUCUGUAAGCUCUUCGUGUUUUUAUAAAUGCAUCUUCUUUCUUAAAGGUAUACAAUGCAGGAUUAUUAAAAAAUGUAUAGACUUUAAUAAUCUAUCUCAAUCAUAACUUAUGUGUGUCUGUAUCUGCAGACUCUCUUUCUUUUUUCUUUUAAUUUUGCUGCAUUUGAGAUGUUUCUGGGCAUUUUUUGGUCACAAAACCAUGAAAAUAGUGGACAAAGCACCAAAAAACCCAAGUUUGAAUGUUUGUAUUUUUUCAAACAGUCAGCAACAUUUCCUGCACGGUUUGCCUAGGUUGCUUGUAACUAAAGUUGUGAAAUAAAUGCAGUAAGGUAAAAAGUGUAAUAUUUGCCUUGACAAUGUUGUGAAGUAUAAGUGGCAUGAGAAGUAAAAAAUUCUCUAACAAUUAAUUCUGCAAAAGUGAUUUUGCACAAUUAAUCAGCUUUUUAAUUAACUUCUUUAUUUUUGCUUCAGCAGUUGGAUUCACUUGGAAAAGCAUUUAAGUAUUUUCAAUCAUAAACUGUCUUUAAUUGUUUGUUUCUAACUUUAAAAGCAUUUACAAAAAAGAUUUUCUUGCAGCAUGAAGCCGAAUCUGUUCUUAGUCUUUUUACAUUUUGGAGAUAAUGAGUUCAUGCAGAGUAAGAUAACAAAAAAAGAUUACUUUUCAAUGUUUUUACUAAAAUUAAAAUAAAUCUCCAGUCACAAUCAGUUAAUGUACAACUCUCUGCUUCUUUUUUCUUUUAAAGUUCAACAACAAAAUAACAGCUAAACCUGUUGACCAAAAAAUGUCAAAUGAUAUAUAUAUGAUAAUAUUUUAAUUAAUAAUUAUUUCUUCAUUGAAAA